AUGCAAUUCUUGAUCGACACCGGAGCCGAUGUGUCUGUUGUCCCGAGAGGUUCCAGCUGCAGCAAUGUGAAGCCCACAACGAUGAGAUUAUUCGCCGCCAAUGGUACGCCAAUCCACGUCUAUGGUGAAGCCCUGCUGAAGGUGAAUCUCGGUCUGCGUCGCGAGUUUCUAUGGACGUUCCUGAUCGCCGACGUCACAACUGGAAUCAUCGGGGCUGAUUUCAUUUGUAAUUUCGACCUGCUGAUUGAUUUGAAACGGAAUCGCCUCAUCGAUAAUACGACUCGGCUCGAAUCACCAGGAUUUCUCGCCCAAACCUGUGAGUAUUCCAUCCGUACGUUCAGCUCAAUAUCGCCAUUCGCAGAAUUGUUGGCCGAAUAUCCGACGAUCACUCGGCUCGCACCAGCAGGCACGGUGAGCAAAUCGACAAUCGUCCACCGUAUCGAGACCACGGGCCAGCCAGUAUUCGCCAGGCCGAGAAGACUGUCGCCGGAUAAGCUGGAAGCAGCUCGCGCUGAGUUCGAACAUCUGAUGAAACUCGGUAUUUGCAGACCAUCCAGCAGCAACUGGGCUAGUCCUCUCCACAUGGUAAAAAAGGCGGACGGAUCGUGGCGACCGUGUGGAGAUUAUCGCGCCUUGAAUGCCCAGACAAUACCCGACCGAUAUCCCCUGCCGUAUCUCCAGGACUUCACGGCUAUGCUGCAAGGCAAAACCAUUUUCUCGAAGGUUGAUUUGCAGAAAGCCUUCCACCAAGUCCCGAUCCACCCCGACGACGUACCGAAGACAGCCAUCACGACUCCGUUUGGACUAUUCGAGUUCUCGUUUAUGACGUUUGGACUUCGGAAUGCGGCACAAACGUUCCAGCGUCUGAUCCACGAAGUCGUCCGAGGUUUGGAUUUUGUGUACCCCUACAUCGACGACCUGUUCAUCGCCUCAUCCUCACCAGAGGAACAUCGUGACCACUUGCGCCAGCUGUUUGAGAGGCUCAAGCAGCACAAUCUGGCAAUCAACGUUGCCAAAUGUGAAUUUGGUCGAGAUGAACUUGCCUUUUUUGGGACACAUGGUUACACCCCAAGGAAUCAGCCCAUUGCCAGAGCGAGUGGAGGCGGUACAAAGCUUCAAGAAACCAUCUACGGUGAAGGAGCUAAAAAGUUUUUUGGCAAUGAUUAA